GUUCAAAACAAAGUGAUAAGACACGAGUAAGAGGAGCUGGAACAGGUCCGGGAUUCUUAAUAGUUCUCGUCGCCCAAAAAGAGCUAACGAAAUUAUACAGAGGGUUAUUCGGAUCAUAUAAGGAUGUCAAAUUCUAGAAUAAAGAAAAGGAAGCACUCUUCCUCUGAUUGUGGAAGUAACCCGGCUAAGAAGAAAGCGAUGAGACAGGAGAAUUAUACAAGAAGAACAUCACCUCGACAAAAGGAGAAUUUUCAGUCCCCAUUUAAAUCACCUGAAAAGACCCGUGCCCCAUCUCUGUCUCCCAGUACACCCAAAAAGAUUCCAAGGACCUCUGCACUGGAAUCCCCUCCUCCUAAAAAAGCCUCACCUUUCAAAGCCACAGUGGUUGCAGGAUCAUUUUACAACAAACAGAAGCAACUUUAUCUCACACCCCUAGAAAGAAAGCUGUUGAAAGAAACCAAAUCUCUUCCAUUAAAACCCAGCAGUGAUCAGCCCAGUCUUUCUCUUACUGCAAAGAGGCCCAUCAAAUCUAAGAAGCCUAAAAGUAAGCUUAAUGCAAGUGGCAAGAACACUGCCUUAAAAGGCUACUUUUCAUCCAAGACACAGAGGAGCAGUUCUUCCAGAACCCAAGUGGAUCCCUCCUUAAAGAUGGUUGGCACACAACAGCAUUCCUCUUUUAUGUGUGGCAGUUUAAAGUUCAAAAGCAAGCCCAGGAUCAUUGUGGGUGCUGCCUUCUUUGGCACUGGAAAAAAGCCCACUUCAAUGUACAAAACACGUAUACAGAAAACGAAACCCAAACAACCUACAAGCAUGCAAAAGCCUACCACCCAAAAAGCAGAGACAGAAACACCUGUGAAGAUGAAGGAUCGUUCUCCAGUGCGACAUGCUGUCUUCAAGAACAAAUCAAGACCAAUUCCUCAUUUGCCACCUCGAGUUGAAGACCAUCAUGCUGUUGAGUGCACUGAACAGAUGCCAUUAAACCCUACUUCUCUCUCUGAAACCAAUGGCAUUGCAAAAGAAUUGAGAGUAAUUGUAAGGAAAUUGGUGACUCCUGUCAAAUCUUGUAGCUCCAGUACUGGUAACCAGGGCUUGUCCAAAAGUUCUGCUUCCAAUACACUGUGCAACCUGAGUGAAAUUAGCUCCUCAAGCCAGGACAGCUAUCCAGACAAUGAGAAUUCAGAUGUGUACCCCAUCUUUGGGACCAAAAGGUUACAGAAGAAAGGUAGCCUUCCUUCACUGGUGCACUGCAGCACGCCAUCUUCCCUCAGAGACACCCCAGCGUUCUUGGCCAAAGAGAGGAGUGCCCACAGGCGGAAGGAGUUGAAGAAACAGCAUGAGGAUCAGCUCAUUAUUGAUGCUGGGCAGAAGCAGUUCGGUGCCACUACGUGCAGCUCCUGUGGUAUGCUGUACAGCGCAGACAGCCCCGACGACAACUUCCAGCACACACAAUUUCACCAGCGCUUCUUGGACACCAUCAAGUUUGUGGGCUGGAAGAAGGAGAGAGUUGUAGCAGAAUUCUGGGAUGGGAAAAUCAUCCUUGUUCUUCCUGAGGAUCCUAAGUAUGCAAUUAAAAAGGCUGAAGAUGUGAGGCACAUUGCAGAUAGUGAGCUGGGCUUCCAGCAGGUCUCUCUCAGUAGCCCCAGCGCUGCCAAAACCUAUUUGUUCAUCAACAGUGACAAGAUGGUGGUUGGCUGCCUGGUGGCUGAGUCCAUAAGACAGGCUUUCAGAGUUCUGGAACAGCCUGUGAAACCAAAGGAUAUGACUAAGGAAGACUUCAUGGAGCACCACCGUGCCUGGUGCUGCUCCACUGAGCCCAAGAAGGCCAUCUGUGGAGUGAGUCGCAUCUGGGUCUUCAGCCUGAUGAGAAGGAAGGGCAUCGCUACACGCCUUCUAGACACAGUGAGGAAUUCAUUCAUGUAUGGAAGCCACCUGACCAAAGAAGAAAUCGCUUUCUCUGACCCCACCCCAGAUGGAAAGCUGUUUGCAACAAAGUAUUGUGGAACACCAACAUUUUUGGUGUACAACUUCAUUGGCUAAGUUUUGGAGUUUCAUACAAGUGAUUUUAAUGUAUGUUAGCAUUUUCAGAUGCUUUUUAGACAGAGCAGCAACUUGCUACUUUUUCAAAAAUGAUUAUGUUCAGUAUUUUAGGUUGGUUUUCUUGGUGCAUAUUAAGUCUAGUCAGUCUACAACAAAAGUAAGUCUAGGGAUGUGGCAAGUCUUUCCCCUGAGUUUGUGGGCAAAGAUUUAAUAAGUGUUAAUUUUCUUACAAAUUAGUUGGAAGAAAACCUGCUGCUGUAAAAAUUACCCUGGCUGUAAUUACUCCAUACAUUUAUUAACUGAUUUUUGAAUGUUUAAUAUUUAGUUUAAUCUGCUUGCAUGUUAAUGACUGUUUGUGUUUGUUUGUUUAAUCUGAACUCUUUCCUGACUGGAACAAAUGCUUUAAAGGCAGUGUUUAUGCAUUGUAUAUAUUUAAAAUAUUUUUGUGCUUUGAGUCCUUGUUCCUAUCCAGUCACAG